CGCCAUGUGAUGUUUGGGUGAUCAUUGGCUCGAGCCGGGUUGGGCGUAUUGAGCCAUCACAAAGAGAACAAAAUCCGAGGUUUUUAGCAUGGCGGUGAGUGGAACAGUCACCUCCUACAACCCCCACAAGGGUUGGGGCUUCAUCGAAUGCAAUGGUCAAGAUGUCUUUGUCAACAGGCGUCAAUGUGGAGGCUACUGCCUCUCCAAGGGCAUGAAGGUUGCUUUCAAUGUCACACAGGGUGAGAAGGGACAACUGGCCACGGAUGUGAAAGUGAUGGUCCCUCCUGAAGAGGCCACAUAUCAUGGUGAAAUCAAGUCCUUCAACCCCAGUAAGGGCUAUGGAUUUGUGGGUUGCGAGGCCUUCCCAGGACAGGAUGUCUUUGUGCUGAAAUCCGAAAUCCCAGGUGGCUUCGCCCCGCAAGGAGGCCAUUGCAAGUUCAAGGUGAAGACGGAUAGCGAGAAAGGUCCAGCUGCCACGGAAGUGCAGCUCCUUGGGGCAGCGGGAAAUCAGUAUCAACAGAUGAGGCAGAUGGCGUUCUAUGGCGGUUUCAAGGGUUUUGGCAAGGGCAAGGGCUUCUUCAAGGGCAAGGGCCCACGCGUGGAUCCAUCUGAGAAGGUGUGGAUCGGAGGAAUCUCGCCUGGAACCACAUGGAAGGAACUGCAGGAGCACAUGAAUCAGGUGGGCAAGACCAAGUGGGUCGAAGUCUUUGAGGGCAAGGGUGCUGGCACCGGCACAGCGGCUUACAGCUCGCCUGAAGAAGUGGCACAGGCCAUCGCCACUUUGAACGGG